GACCAAAUUGCCAUUGUCAAAGUAAAAAUGGCUGCCCUGCAUGCACAGCGUUGCGUGGCGUCCACGACGCAGUGUUCGGACAGGAAGAGCGUCCCCAGCUUUUCAAGCGAAGCGCUGCGCGGAAUGCGGAUCGUGCGCCCUACUUCAAGCCGGAUCGCCCGCACAACUGUUGUCAGGUCCCGGCGUGCACCUCAAGUGAAGGCGGUGAUUGAGGCGCCGCAGCUUCGCUAUGAGCCAGCGACGAAGGCUCGCACCAACACAGUGCUAUCCAUUAUUCUUGGUGGCGGCGCGGGCACGCGCCUCUUCCCGCUCACCAAGCAGCGCGCCAAGCCCGCCGUACCCAUCGGCGGCGCCUACCGCUUGAUCGAUGUGCCCAUGUCCAACUGCAUCAACAGCGGCAUCUCCAAGAUCUACAUUCUGACCCAGUUCAACUCCACAUCGCUAAACCGCCACCUGGCGCGUGCAUACAACAUGGGCAGCGGCGUUCGGUUUGGCGGCGAUGGCUUCGUGGAGGUGCUGGCGGCGACCCAGACGCCCACCGACAAGGAGUGGUUCCAGGGAACGGCCGAUGCCGUACGGCAGUACUCCUGGCUUUUGGAGGACACGAAGAACCGCGCCAUCGAGGAUGUGCUUAUCCUGUCGGGCGAUCACCUGUAUCGUAUGGACUACAUGAAGUUCGUCAACUACCACCGGGAGACCAAUGCGGACAUCACCAUCGGAUGCAUCGCGUACGGCUCGGACCGUGCGAAGGAGUUUGGGCUCAUGAAAAUCGACGAUAAGCGCCGUGUGCUGUCCUUUGCGGAGAAGCCCAAGACGCAGGAGGCGCUCGACGCCAUGAAGGUCGACACCACCGUGCUGGGCCUGACCCCGGAUGAGGCGGCCGACAAGCCGUACAUCGCCUCAAUGGGCAUCUACGUGUUCAAGAAGUCGGUGCUGUGCAAGCUGCUUAAUGAGACAUACGCCAAGGCGAAUGACUUCGGCGGCGAGAUCAUUCCGGAGGCUGCCAAGAACCACAACGUGGUGGCCUACCCCUUCUACGGCUACUGGGAGGACAUCGGAACCAUUAAGAGCUUCUUCGAGGAGAACCUGAAGCUGUGCCGCCAUCCUGCCACGUUCGAGUUCUACGAUCCUCAGAGUCCGAUCUACACGUCCCCCCGCGUGUUGCCGCCCGCUACGGUCCGCAACUGCAAGGUUUCGGACGCCAUCAUUGCGCAGGGCUCCUUCGUGGCGGACUCCUCCAUCUCCAAUGCCGUCAUCGGUAUUCGCUCCAUCAUCGGCUCGGGGUGCACCGUCCAGGACGCCCUCAUCAUGGGCGCGGACUACUACCAGUCAGACGAGCAGCGGGCCGCGCUGCUGGCGGCCGGGGAUGUGCCCGUGGGUAUUGGCGCCAACAGCAUCAUCUCCAACGCCAUCAUUGACAAGAACGCUCGCGUCGGCAAGAACGUCCGGAUCGUCAACAAGGACGGCGUGUCUGAGGGUACCCGCGAGUCUGAAGGCAUCUACAUUCGCUCCGGCAUUGUCGUCAUUGACAAGGGCGCCAAGGUCCCCGAUAACGCUACCAUUUAAAGGCAAGGAGAGCUUCAAGGGCAAAGCAGCAGGACACCUAUACAAGCACAACACUACCGUCACAUCAACAGCUGCUACCCGUUUGGAGCGCCUGCCUCCUCCUCCUACCCAACCCUUCUCUUCUGCACCACAGUUCCCCCAUGCUCUCGUAUCUUUUGACCUACCGUGACUUCGUGUCGCGUCACCUCGCCUUACCCUUCUUCGCCAUGCUUCGCCUAAUGACCCUGAUGAGGUGAUAUCUUCAUGUUUAGCGCCGGUGUGUGUGUUGGUGUUCUUCAGGCAACCAACAUGGCAAGGAAUGCUCGCAAGGGUGUCGAGAUGUUUUUUUCGGCGUAAGCGAACAUGCUGUGCUUAGUUACCCCAAGUUGCUGUGAACAGCGACACGUACUGCUGCUCCGAGUGCUAGUUCCGAGCUCGGGUUGCGAGGUCGUUUAGGCGCAUCCCUGGUCAAAUUAUGGUCGAUUUGUGGGUUUGUGGAUGUGGGGGGGGGGUCUGCGUCUUUCUGGGGUGUCGGCUAUGUUUUUGUGUGUGCGCGUGUGCGGCGUGUGCUGGCGCUCCUCCUGGUGGUGGGUGUCUAGUCUCCAGUGCCUUGUUUGUCCCAGUUUGUCCAGUGCCUGCUUUUCGUUGCGGCGGUUUUUCCUUUUCGCGUGCCACGUAGUCCGCCGUGCUCCAGCCAGGUUGGUGGUGGAUGAGCUUGAGGAGAUUUUCCGGACGGAGGGGUCUGUGGCUCCUUUUAUGGGCGUGGCGCGCGCGGCGUGUUUUUUGUACUUGUUUACAUACAAGUCUUUGAAGAGGAGAGAUAUUGCUGCGAAGUGUUUUUUUUGUGUUUUCAAUUUUCAAACACCAUCGCAAGGAGAGGCAUGUUGCUGACCAUCUCAUUUUGUUGUCUGGAGAGCGUUAGCGGUUGGACCUACAACCUUGGGCCGUUUGUUUUACAGUUGGUGCUGAUCGGCUGGUAGUGGUCAAUACCGCGAGGACGGCUGGCAUUUGCCUGACGUGGGUUUUCGAGGCAAACCUGCUCAGACCUGUACGACGUUCAAUGAAAAGUGCGGCAAUGAUACACGGCAGUGCAUGCGACGUUUAUUUUCAUCCCCCCAUCCCUUCUGGGGCGUAUUUCCGCGUGUAUACGGCCCUCCCUGUACACGAUUUAAAGAUGGGGUUAGGCAGUUAGCCGCCCCCCUCCCCCCCCCCGCCACGCACACGAGGGGAUGGCGGGAGAAAUGAAUCUUUUGCAGACGGCUGGACAGAGGGCUCGGCUCAGUGCGUGUUGGGUUCCUCCAUUUGCGUGCGGAGAGGGCGGGGUUGCAGCACAGCUGAUGUAGUACAACAUUACGAGGAGGUGGCGUCGCUCCUCUUGGGUGCUGCGAUAGCGAUGACGGUAUUCCGCGAUGUGGUGUCGGUAACUGCAGCGCUAGUGGAUGGCAGCCGUCGUGUGCUCGACAUUGAAAAUGCCCUUGAUGUGCAGGAAGAGGCGGCGGCGGGGGGGGCGCGAGUGAUGAGGGUUUCCAUCGGUUGAAUGGUAGCCCCUGUUUGUGGUAAUUUCCUUUAUACGCCUGAUGUUGUGAGCAGCUGGGUCUUAUCUGAGGGUUUGGGCUGAUCUGUCCGGGCGUUGUCGGGGAAGAAAUGUUUUGCCUCCCCUUAUCGCUCCCGGAUGGCCUCACCGUUCGUUUCCUGUAGCUGACAGCAAUAGUGCAGGCGUUCAUUUUUUGGUGCGUUCGCGUUGUAGUGCGUGAAGGGAAGUACCCUAUGUCAUGUUGUGAGCUAAGCAUAAGAUCACCAAGGAAAAUGUUUCGUUGUAACGAGAAUUAUCAGC